UCAAGUGUACAACCUACGUGGGUUUGGUGUGGUAUAUAAUAUUUAAAAUGUUUUUAUGUCUCUUGUGCCUUAGUGUAGUGCUAGGUAUGGUAUUAUUCAAAUUAAAAAGAAGACGAUUGUAUAGAUUAGCUUCAAAGAUACCCGGCUCGGACGAUGAACUGCCAUUUAUUGGUCUCGCACAUAAAUUUACUGGGACUACUGAAGAUAUAUUGAAUAGUUUACAAAAGUAUAGUUACGAGGCAAUGAAAAAUAACGGAAUUCUUCGAGGUUGGCUCGGUCAUAUUCUUUACUUCAUUGUUGUUGAUCCAGUGGAUGUAGAGGUAAUACUAAAGACUAGCUUAGAGAAAGAUGACCUGCAUCGAUUUAUUAGAAAUGUAAUUGGAAACGGCUUAAUAUUUGCACCAGUUUCUAUAUGGAGGAGACGACGAAAGAUCACGGUGCCGGCUUUUAGUCCUAAAAUAGUAGACACCUUCAUGGAAGUAUUUGCGGAACAAAGCGAGAAGUUGGUUUCAGUACUUGCUGCAUGCGCGGGUAAUGAUUACAUCGCCAUGGAACCUUACCUUUGUAGGUAUACUCUUGACUCUGUUUGUGAAACUACAAUGGGAAUAACAACAAACGCUCAAAAUAAUCCUAAUGCACCAUAUCUAAAAGCAUUGAAAAAUAUACUUAAUUUGGUUUGUGAAAGAAUUUUCCAUCUGUGGCUACAACCUGAUUGGCUGUACAAGUUCUUUUCGCAGUCCAAGUCACAUCAGAAAUAUACAAAGGAAAUGCAAGGUUUUGUAGAUGAAGUUAUUCAAAAUAAAAGGAGAGAAAUCAAGAAAGAAAAGGAUUUGAAAUCAGAAGUAGAUCGUAAUUUUGGUUUAAGUAAUUACAAGACUCAGUCGUUCCUCGAUCUUUUGAUAGAAUUUUCUGGUGGUGAAAAUGGUUACACUGAUCUGGAGUUAAGAGAGGAAAUAUUGACACUAACAAUAGCCGGCACUGAUACGACGGGUGUGUCAAUUGGGUACACUUUGAAGUUGCUAGCGAUGUAUCCAAAAGUUCAAGACAAGUUAUAUCAAGAAUUACUAGAUGUUUUUGGAACUUCCGAUCGAAGAAUAGUUAAAGAGGACUUGUCAAAGUUAAAAUAUUUGGAACGUAUUGUGAAAGAGUCUCUACGGUUAUAUCCACCAGGUCCAUUCAUCAUUCGAAAGGUUUUAGAAGACAUUUCCUUACCGUCGGGAAGAGUUUUUCCAGCUGGAUCAGGCGCGGCGGUCAGUAUCUGGGGCUUGCAUCGUGACCCCAAGUACUGGGGCCCAGACGCCGAGGUCUUUGACCCCGACAGAUUCCUGCCGGAGAGGUUUAACCUAAAGCAUGCCUGCUCCUACAUACCGUUCAGCAGUGGACCUCGUAAUUGUAUUGGUACCAUGUUCGCGGAUAUUUCUAUUAGUGUCAGCGAGGCUAAGGAAAGAUGGGUGUGUGUUGUAAAGUUGCGGUAA